UUUACCUCCUUUAGUUCCUUUAUUUUGUUAAAUCUCAAUUUUCUGUUCAUCGAUUAAAUUUCUCAUAGAAUUCUUUUCCUUUUCUGCUGCUUUUUGUAUCUCUGAUCUAUUUUUCUGAGUUUUGUUUGUGUUGUUCAAACUCCUUGAUUGUCUUACUUAAGGCAAUUCUAAAUUCUUCAUCUGACAAGAAGAAAAAUUAUUCUAUGAGAGUGUUGUGGCUUCUGGAGGUUGAUUAUCUUUCUGCGGUGUAUUGCUCCCCAGAGGGCUUCCUUGACCAUAGUCCUUUUCCUUCUUCCAUUGUUUGCCCUCAGGGCUGCUCUGCUGUAGAUAUCUGGGGCUUCUGUGACCGUGAGUCUACCUUUCCCACUAUUCUGGGUGCUUGCCUGGUGGUGGGUACAGUAGGUGGGACCUUCCCUGGCACCAGUCCGGGUGAGCAGUCGGCCGGCUGUUAGAGGUGUGGGGGUGCCUAGGGCCGGUGGGCAAGACCCAUAAACAAUUUUGGUAAGUGAAAUAGGUAGCGUGUUGGGUGGUGAUACAUGAUAGGGAGAAAAAGGGAAGGAGCUCAUGAGUAUUUGGAGGCUAAAGUUAAAGUUUAUAGUUAAAGUUUAUAACUUUCAAAAGGAUGGCCAGGGAAGGAAGCGUCAUUAAAGUGGUAUUUGAGGAUGUAAAGGAGACAGUUUGAAUGCGGGUACCGGCAGAGGAAAGGAGGAGAGGGUAGUUUGAGCCACAUUGUGGACAGAAUCAACAGGACAUAGACCAUGAACAGGGUAACAGGAGUAAGAGAGAAGGAAGGGUGGAAAAAGAGAUUUUUAUGAAGCGUAAGACAGGACAGUGUUGUCAUCCACACAGGUGAGGUGCUGUGCAGCUACCCCAGUGCCCGUGGCACCCCUGGGUGUCUAAGGAUGGUGGUGCUUUGUAGUAAGACAAAAAACACAGUGUAGCCCAUGCCUUUCCUUCUUCGGUGGUUUUAUGUUGGCUGUCUCCUGAGCUGGGUAAGCUGCUUGAGACAAAGGUUGGAUCAUUUCCUGAUGCCACCAUGUUGACCAAGGAAAUAAUAUGGUUGGAGAGUUCAUUCCAGAGCCAUGACUACCCCCCACCACACACACGCACACACACAUGCAUGCGCACACGCGCGCACUCACACCACCAUUGGCUUGUGGCCUUGGGCCUCAGUGGCUGCCUCUUCUGAUGGAUGCCAGGAGGUCGGCAACUCCAGAGUGAGAAAGCCCAGGGGGCCAUGGCGUCAGCUCUGACAUGGCCCCAUGGAGGGUUUGGGUUAUGGGCUGAGCAGCAGCUCCUGGCCCUGUGCACUCUUAUGGCUCAGCCUGGUGUGUGUGUGCCUCAUACACUCUCUCUUAAAUUUCCCUUAUUUUCCUAUUCCUGGUUGUCCAGAGUCCCGUGGUCUCCAGGGGGCAUUGCUCAGUGACUGUGACUUGCUUAGGGAGGGUGUUUCUUAUGUAGGCAGUGGGGCAGGGUUGGGGUGCUGUUGGCUUCAGCCCCCUGCCCCUCUCUUCUCUCAGAGCUCAGCGUGCCCCUUGCUGUGCCCUACCUGGAUGAGCCCCCAACUCCACUUCACUUCUACCGGGACUGGGUCUGCCCCAACAGGCCCUGCAUCAUCCGCAACGCCCUGCAGCACUGGCCGGCCCUCGAGAAGUGGUCUCUCCCUUACCUCAGGUGGGGCCGCCCCGGGUGGGAUACGGGCGGUGCUUCGUGACUCUGAGUGUGGGCUGAAUGUCCAUUUCUCCAGGGCCACAGUGGGCUCCACAGAGGUGAGUGUGGCUGUGACCCCAGAUGGUUACGCAGAUGCAGUGCGAGGCGACCGCUUCGUGAUGCCUGCUGAGCGCCGCCUGCCCCUGAGCUGCGUGCUGGACGUCCUCGAGGGCCAGACCCGGCACCCAGGAGUCCUGUACGUGCAGAAGCAGUGCUCUAACCUGCCCACCGAGCUGCCCCAGCUGCUGCCUGACCUGGAGCCCCAUGUGCCCUGGGCCUCUGAGGCACUGGGAAAGAUGCCUGAUGCUGUCAACUUCUGGCUGGGGGAGGCGGCUGCCGUGACAUCUCUGCAUAAAGACCACUACGAGAACCUCUACUGUGUGGUGUCGGGAGAGAAACACUUCCUGUUACAUCCCCCCAGUGACCGGCCCUUCAUCCCCUAUGAGCUGUAUACACCGGCAACCUACCAGCUAACUGACGAGGGCUUCUUUAAGGUGGUGGAUGAAGAGGCCAUGGAGAAGGUGCCCUGGAUUCCACUGGACCCUCUGGCUCCCGAUCUGGCCCGGUACCCCUGUUACAGUCAGGCCCAGGCCCUUCGCUGCACGGUGCGGGCUGGUGAGAUACUUUACCUGCCAGCCCUGUGGUUCCACCACGUCCAGCAGUCCCAUGGCUGCAUUGCUGUGAAUUUCUGGUACGACAUGGAGUAUGACCUCAAGUACAGUUAUUUCCAGCUGCUUGACUCCCUCACCAGGGCCUCGGGCCUUGAGAUGGAACCCUGGUGAACCUUGCCCGGUGCACGUUGCGGAAAGGUCAUGUCCCUCCCCGGCCAGGCUCCUCGGGGCAGCCUGAAUCAGAGUGGCUGCUGGCCCAGCUCGACUUGGGACCAGUUUGGAGGACCUUAACCCACGAGGUGCCAGGCAGGUCUGGACUCAGACGCUCAGGAAGUUGCCGCACAGCUGAGGCAGCACCUGGGAGAGCAGUUAGGGCUUCAGGUGCAGUGCCUCUCACCACCGCAUGACCUGGGGUGAGUUACUGCCCGGAGCAUGGGUGCUGGUGCUGGGGUAAAAGGCGAUAACGACGGUUGCUGGGCUUGGAGAGGCGUCUGUGUCUGCUGGCGUCUGUAGGGGCUCGCGCAGACGAAGUGUUCAAUAAAACACGGCUGUGAUUCAUGUGUUCUGAGACUCCCCUGGUGGCUGCCUUCCGUCGUCUGGUGAGGCCUGGAAGGCUCAGGUACAGAUUUCAGGGUGACCCUGAUGUGGGGUGAGGUCUGAGUCCAGGCCUGUGCCUGAGAAGCCUUGCUGCCAGCUCCUGUCCCUGGCAGCCUUCCAGACCCUCCUGGGAGCAGGCAGGUGGACCUCGUCACUCUGGCACAGGCCUCACUGACUCGGCCUCUGAAGCUUCGGGCCGUGUUUAUUCUCCUUUGUGUCCAAGGCCGCUGGGGGCUCUGGUGUUGUAAGAGGCAGAAACCCCUGUCCCCCCUGAAGCGGUUCCCCUGAGAAGGGAGUGGGUUUCCUCGCUCAGACUCCUUCCCUCCCCCCACAAUCCAUGUCUAGAGGUGGAGGAGCCCCUUUUCCUGGAGCCUGUCAGAGGCCCCAUCCUUGACCCAGCACCCAGCUCCAAGGAUGGGGUAGCGCAGUAGCUUUGAAGGCUGUGUCUGAAAACAAGCCACACCCCUGCUGGGCUGUGGUGGGGCCCGGGCACUCCCUCAGUUGACCAACGCUUCAGGGAAACUGGGCAUUCCUGUCUUUCUGGCACCAGGAGGUUGCUGAAGGAUGGGGACAUGUCUCUUCGCUUGCUGCUGCUCUCUAGACCUCAGUGGCCCCUCCAGGCCUCACGUCCAGUCUGCUUCCUUCCCGUUCCCAGGACAAGCUCUCAGGGGGCCCUGCCCUCUAGGUCCAAGAAGAAAGAGCAGGACUGGGCGGGCACAUCUGGGAAGAAUUGUCUUGAGGGGAGCUGCACCCUACCACUGGGUUGUCAGUGGCUCCCUGCAGGCUUAAGGUGUCUCAUUUCCUGGCCAUCUGGAGUGGGUGUGGGGCUUGGGUAGCGUGGAGGCGGUUGGGAGGGACCAGGGAGGAGCUUGGGGCCAGCUGGGGCAUCCUUGGCUCCAGAUUAAAAAGCUGACAGCCCUGGGUCCUGUGGCCACUGCCUGGCACGCCUGGCUCCUAAGGACACAGCCUCAUGGCUCUGGUAAGACUUUGGGGGGCACUGGGCCCCAACUCUGACCCUUCAUCCACGGGGGGCCUGCUCACAACUGGUUCUUAAGGGGCCUGUGGGCUUCUCCAAGUAGAGAAUAGAGUUGAGCAGCCUUGAGGCUGGGUGAGGACUGGGCCAGAGGAGAGGUGGGGUUUUGGGGUGAGGGACUCUCUCGGAUUCUUUAUGCCUGGAGGUGGGCUCUGGGCCGAGUUCCCUGGAACUUGGAUUUGGGGCCUGUGAAUUUAGCCUCCCAGCUCCCGUCCCCGGGCCGCCAAAGGAAGUGUCUGCUCCGAUCCUCCUGACUCAGUUGUUCGGGGUGUGGGGCCCCAGCGCUGACCCGGAUGGAUGAGCUUCCCCAGCUCUGCCCUUGACCCAGGGACUCCCUGGGCUCUGUGCAUGGGGCCCUUCCUGAGGCAGGAUUGGAGGCCAAGUGGAGGAAUCGGCUUACAUGGGCUUCCGCGCCCGGGGAACGGGUGUGGACGGAGCCAGCCGGGAAACGCCUCUAGCCUGGCUCGUCGGACCUGGAGAGCUCGACAACUGCCAUCCCAACGCCGAAGGACCCCAUCUCCAGAAUGUUCUCCUGGCCAGGGCUGGAGGGUGUGGGGAACAGCUCAACUGGGGGGCCCAAGGCCAGGCUCCUUUCCCUCUGUCUGUAGCGGCCUCGCCCCCCAUCAGCCUGUGUCCGUCACUGCCCAAGACUAGCCUCGUGGUGGCUGCUUGUCAGGGCGUGAGCCAGGGAUGCAGAGUAGGAAGACUGAAGGAUGCAGGGCCUGGAAGCAGGUAAGUAUAGGAGUUGAGAACACGAGUCAAGCUAGUUUGGCCCAGUCCUGGUCCUGGCCCUCAGGCAAGUGACUGCUUAGCCCUUCUGUGCCUGUUUCCUUGUGAGGCCGGUCAUAAUAAGUAGUCCUCCCACAGGAGGAGGCUGUGUGAUUAAGUGAGUUAAUGCAUGCGCUCCUGAGCCUGAGCUGGCCCAGGGUCCCUUCUGCGUCAGCAGGUGUCAUCACGAAAUGCCAUAACUGCCUUCCACGUCAGGGCUCUGAUGGGGUGGAGGGCAGGCCCGUGGCCAGGCAGAGCUGGUCCUUUUGAUGGAGGAUCAGGCCUUGAGGAGGCAUCUUAGCACCCUUCUGGCCACCUUGGCCUUGGGCCUGUCAGUCUCCUGACAACCUGACCCCCUCUCGCCUCUGCAGGCACAGGUGCCCGGGGCCUGCCUGCUUACCAUUCGUGUCCUGCAGGCCCACGGCCUGCCCUCCAAGGACUUAGUGACACCCUCUGACUGCUAUGUGACCCUCUGGCUGCCC